CAGAGCACAUGAGGAUGUUCAUGAGCGGGUGCCGAUGGUUUUCUUCGUCAAAGGUAACUGGAAGCCAGUGGAUUCAUGUUUGAUGGUUGGCGGGUCAGGUUUCCACGUCCAACAUGGUCGCGCGGUAACUAGAGUAAGCUCCGUCGAUUGAUCUUUAUUUCUCUAUAUCUCCAACCUGUCCAUGCAUGAGCAGCUCUGCGCUCGCACCGGCCGUGCUAGAGGCGUUGCUGGGCCACCGGGUGGUGUCACUGUCGGAGAGGCCGGCGCCACGGCUGACUCGAUUGAUUAGGUGGAUCGUCGUGGAGCGGAGCCUGUGGCCGGUGCAUGUGCUGCUGGGUGCCGAAGCCACCGUGGCCGACCUCGCGCGUGCCACCGUCGCUGCCUAUGCCGCCGAGGGGUGCAGGCCACCGGCCACCGCUCCCGCCGAUGACGGCGCCACAUACGCGGCCGCACGGUUUGAACUGCACCUCUUCAACUUCAAGUACGCCCUCGAUGCUCUGUACCCAGAGGAGAAGGUGGUGGACCUGGGGUGCCGCAACUCCUUCCUGUGCGCCACCAGGAGCACGCGGAGAUCAGUUCAUCAUCAUCUGCUUCAUCGCUCAUGA